AUGGAGAAGCUGGCGGCGGGGCUGGCCCGGCUCCGCUGGAGCCCCGCGGCGCUGCCCCUCGACGCCAUCGUCAGCCAGUGCCGCCUGCCCACCCUCGUCUGCCUCGGGCAGGGCUGCCCCCACUGCCCCAGCACCACCCCACUGUCCAGGGUGACACUCUGCAGCUGCUGGCAGCGGGACCGGGAGCCACCGUGUCCCCUCGCCACCCUCCCUGGGACACGACCAGGCUGUGACCCGCAGCCCGGGCUGAGUGGGCCCUGUCCCCCCGCAGGUGAGCGCGUGGAGGGGGUGACAGCCCAGGACGUGCUGCUGGUCCACUCGUGCCGCCAGUGGACAACGGUGACAGCCCACAGCCUGGAGGAGGGACACUACGUCAUCGGGCCCAAAAUCGACAUCCCGCUCCAGUACCCAGGGAAAUUCAAGCUGCUGGACCAGGACCGGGACCUCCGUGAGCCCGUGCAGUAUUUCAACAGCGUGGAGGAGGUGGCCAGCACCUUCCCAGACCGCAUCUUCGUCAUGGAGGCCAUCACCUUCAGCGUGAAGGUGGUGUCGGGGGAGUUCAGCGAGGACAGCGAGGUUUACAACUUCACGCUGAACGCGGGGGACGAGCUGACGCUGAUGGGACAAGCGGAGAUCCUGUGCGCCAAGACGGUGAAGGAGAAGUCGCGCUUCAACACCCUGCUGCGCAAACUGGGCAAGGCGGCCCCGGCGGCGGGGGCGCGGCAGGUGAAGGGCAAGAUGCCGUGCCUGAUCUGCAUGAACCACCGCACCAACGAGAGCCUGAGCCUGCCCUUCCAGUGCAAGGGCCGCUUCAGCACGCGCAGCCCGCUGGAGCUGCGGCUGCAGGAGGGCGAGCACACCAUCCGCAGCAUCAUCGAGAAGGUUCGGCUGCCCGUCAACGUGGCCGUGCCCAGCCGGCCCGCCCGCAACCCCUACGACCUGCACGCCAUCCGCGAGGGCCACUGCUACAAGCUGGUCAGCAUCAUCUCCAAGACGGUGGUGCUGUGCUGCAUCCUGCGCCGCGAGGAGCUGGUGCCCUUCCAUUUCCUGCUGCUGACCGACAUGCCGCGCUUCCAGCUGCCCGAGGGGCUGCUGGCCGGGGACCCGCAGCUGGAGAAGCUGCUGCGGGACAGCGCCGCGUAUUGCCACGACCGCUUCAACCCCGACGAGUACUCGCGGGCGGUGCGCGAAGCCAAGCCGGACUUGCUGGAGGAGUGUGCGAGCCCGCGGCGCCUGCGGCUCUGCCUGCCCGCCUGCGCCCGCGACGAGCUCAGCCAGCCCCUGCAGCGCCUCUCGCUCUGUGCCUGCGGCUCCGGGGGUCCCCGGGAGCCCCCCGCCCGCUGCCAGCCACCGCGGGGGCUCGGCGGGGGCACCCCGCGCCCGCCGCUGCCCGACUUCCCCGACCCCGAGCGCGAGUACAUGACGCCCGACUGGGCCGAGCCCGAGUUCAGGACUCAGGAGCCGCUGGAGAUUCCCUACGAGGAGCUGUGGAGCAAUCCCAGCCCGGAGAGCUGCUGCGAGCUGGGCAGCGGCGGCGGCCGGCCGGACCUCGUGUCCUUCGGGGCUGUCACCCCGCGGGGCUCCCCGCACCGCCCCGGGGACGAGCCCCGCGGGGACACCCCGCCCCCGGUGCCACCCAAAUCGGAGGCGGUGAAGGAGGAGUGCCGGCUGCUGAACGCGCCCCCGGUGCCGCCCCGGGGCGGCCGCCCCCCGGCCCCCUGCAGCCCCCCGGCCCCCCUGCACUGCCCGAAGCUGGCACCCGCGCCCUCGCCCAGCCCCAGCCUCUCCUACUACUCCUCGGGGCUCCACGACGGCUCGGCCCCGCGGAGCGGCAGCGGCUCGCCCUCUCCCGACGCCUACUCGCUGUACUGCUACCCCUGCACCUGGGCCGACUGCAAGGCUGCCGAGCCCCCCGGGCGGCCGCUGCCCCCCGCCCAGCCCGCGCCCAGCUCCUGGUCCGACCCCUGGCCGUUCGCCGAGCCGGGCGCCGGGCCGGGCAGCGGCUGCUCCACGCCGCUGCUGGGGGCCGAGCCCCCCCUGAAACCCUUCCGCAGCUGCCCCCGCAUCAAGGCCCCGCACCCCCAAAAGCGCUUCGCUCCCUUCGGGGCGCUCAACCCCUUCGCCGGCCCCGCCGAGUGGCCGGAGAGUCCCGAGUGGUCCAAGGCGCCUUCGGCCCCGGCCGCUCCUUCCUCCUCCUCCUCGCCGGAGCCCUUCGCCCCCGCCGAGGAGCCGGCGGCUCCCCCUCGGCCCCCCAAGGGCUUGGACGGGGACGGCAUCGUCAUCCGUGGGGCGGCCCCGCUGUCCCCCGCCGUCCUGCGCGGGGCCGAGGGUGUGACCCGGCUGUACCUGGCCCAGGGGGUCAUCGAGGUGCCGCCGGCGGCGCGGGGCGAUGGGGGAGCCCCUCCGGCCGCGGCCCGGCCCGGCGGGGACAGCCCGGCCUGGCUGCCCCCCGCCGAUCUGUCGGCGCUGUCGCUGGAGGAGGUGUCCAAGUGCCUGCGCUUCAUCGGCCUCUCCGAGGACGUCGUGAGCUUCUUCGCCCGCGAGCGCAUCGACGGCAGCAUCUUCGUGCAGCUCAGCGAGGAGAUCCUGGCCGACGAUUUCCGCCUCACCAAGCUCCAGGUGAAGAAGAUCAUGCAGUUCAUCAAGGGCUGGCGCCCCAAGAUCUAGUACCACGCUGGGAGGGGACCCCAAAUCACCUGGAUUAGGGCUCUGGGUGGCCCCACUCCCGUCCCUCUCUGAUGCUGCAGGUUCUCCUCGCCCCUUGCCCAGCCCUCCCCUCUUUCCCCGUUUUAACACUGGACAGUAAUUUUGGCCCCUACGGGCUGGAAAACACUGGAUUUUGCGUCGGCUGGUUUAACUUAAUCCUUGUGGAUUAGCAUAAUAAAUGUAUGGGAGAGUAAUGAGCCCCCAGAGAAGGCCUUUGCUCAGGGAGGAGGGGAAGGGGGGAGGAUGGAUGCUCUGAGGGAUCUCUCCCCUCCUUGCAGACCCUUCCCAUCUCCUGAGACAGGAUUCAUGUCCCCCUCCACGGGCAGAUGCUGCUGUCAGAGCUGCUCCUUGGGGGCCUGCAAGGAAGGCCCCUCAACCUGAGGGAUCCCAGCCCUGCUCCCAGAGCAGGGGCAGGUUCUGGGAAUGCUGAACUCCCCAGGAGGGCUGAAGGUCGUUACCAGCCCUGUGCCUCACCCAGCACUCAGCAGAGGCAGAUGAGAUUAUGUCUAGGCCCGGUUUUGGUCUGGGAGGUUUGAAGGACAGGGAGAGGUGACAGGAAGAGCAACAGCAUUCAGCUCCUGGCCCAAGGCCUGCCAGGGAGCAGGAAAAUGGCUGGAAGCUGGAAAGGAAGCCAGGGAGGGGGGGCAGACCAGUGACAGGCGCCUGGAGAUUUAAAGCCUUUUAGUUUAACUUGAUCUCUCCCCACGGGGGGCCCUUCUGGCCCUUGGCUGCUCCAUCUGCAAUUACAGGCGGGUCCAUCUGCCAGGAUCACCCUGCAGCAGAGCGAGCUGCAGGCUCCUCACAGCCCCCGAGUGAUGGCAGAGGUGACAGUGCUCUGUCCUGCACUGCUGCCAUCCUGCCCUCCA